GUCAAAAAGGCAAGAAGACAAGUCUUUCUCUCUCGAUACUCUUCAUCGCUUUUAUACGCUGUCUUAUUAACCCCCAAAUUCCUAUCGCCGGCGACUCGCCGGAAUCCGUCACGAUCAUCAUCAUCAUCGUUUUCUUUCUCUCUCUCUUUCAUCACAUUUAGCUCUGAUCGAACCAUCGAAUUUCGUACAAGGAUCGACUAAUUUAUUCACACAAUCAUCAUCAUCGUCGUCAUCAGCGAUGGAGGAUUGUACGAGUAGUAGCGAACAAGAUUAUUACUGCUCCGAUCAAGAUUCCCUCGACGGAAUCGAUAACGACGAGUCUCAUGUCCAGUGGGUCCCUCCAAAAGCUUCUUCUUGUAAGGUAAUCACCAAAGAGUCUCUUUUGGCUGCACAGAGGGAAGAUUUGCGUAGAGUGAUGGACUUGCUGUCUCUAAGAGAACACCAUGCACGGACUCUACUAAUUCAUUACCGCUGGGAUGUCGAGAAGUUGUUUGCAGUUCUUGUGGAGAAGGGGAGAGAUUGCUUGUUUGCUGGAGCAGGUGUGACUUUGGUUGAAAAUCAUGAUUUGCCGUCCUCUUCUACAAUAAUGUGCAAUAUUUGCAUAGAGGAUGUACCUGGUACUGAGGCGACAAAAAUGGACUGUGGCCAUGACUUCUGCAACAAUUGUUGGACAGAGCAUUUUAUUGUGAAGAUAAAUGAGGGUCAGAGUAAGCGUAUUAGGUGCAUGGCACACAAAUGUAAUGCUAUUUGUGAUGAAGCUAUCGUCAGAAAUCUUGUUAGUAAAAGCCAUCCUGAUUUAGCAGAGAAAUUUGAUCGUUUUCUUCUUGAGUCAUAUAUUGAGGACAAUAAAAUGGUUAAAUGGUGCCCGAGUGCUCCUCAUUGUGGGAAUGCAAUUCGUGUCGAGGAUGAUGAAUUUUGUGAGGUUGAAUGUUCAUGUGGUUUACAGUUCUGUUUCAGCUGCUUAGCUGAAGCACACUCACCCUGUUCAUGUUUGAUGUGGGAGCUGUGGACUAAAAAGUGUCAUGAUGAAUCAGAAACAGUUAACUGGAUUACAGUUCAUACAAAAUCUUGUCCUAAGUGUCACAAACCUGUGGAGAAGAAUGGGGGCUGCAACCUUGUGAGCUGCAUCUGUGGGCAAGCAUUUUGUUGGCUCUGUGGUGGAGCUACUGGCCGUGAUCAUACUUGGUCACGUAUCAAUGGUCACAGUUGUGGUCGCUAUAAAGAAGAUCGAGAGAAGAAGGCUGAGCGUGCAAAGCGGGAUCUCUACCGUUACAUGCACUAUCAUAAUCGCUACAAAGCGCAUACAGAUUCCUUUAAGCUUGAAUCUAACCUGAAGGAGACUAUAAGAGAGAAGGUGUCAAACUUGGAGAGGAACGAAUUAAGACUCAAAGAUUUCAGCUGGGUUACAAAUGGACUUUACAGGCUUUUUAGGUCAAGGCGGGUGCUUUCAUAUUCAUAUCCAUUUGCAUAUUAUAUGUUUGGUGAUGACCUUUUUAUGGAUGAGAUGACAAAGGAGGAAAGGGAAAUAAAACAACAUUUAUUUGAGGACCAGCAGCAGCAACUUGAGGCAAAUGUUGAAAAGCUAUCCAAGUAUAUAGAAGAGCCAUUUGAUCAGUUUGGUGAGAACAAAGUUAUGGAGAUAAGGAUGGUUGUCAUCAAUCUCUCUGUGAUCACUGAUAACCUCUGCAAGAAGAUGUAUGAAUGCAUUGAAAACGAUUUAUUGGGUUCGCUCCAAUUUGGUAUUCACAGCAUAGCUCCAUACCAGUCAAAAGGCAUUGAGAAGGCAACAGAACUUUCUGUCUGUUGGAACCCUAAAGUCACCAACACUGAGAAAUGUCCUACGCGAGAUUAUCACACAAACGGAAUCACAAAAGAAUCCAAUCAGCCUUCAGGCUCUGGGAGUUUAGAUGAAAGUGGAUGCUCAUCACGGAAGCGCCCUAGAAAGGAAAGCACAAUAGACCUCAACUUACCUGCAGAGGUCAUUGACAGGAACUGAUCUUAGAGUUCCCGGUCAAACCAUUACAAAUAUUAUUAGUGUACAGCUCUAACUUAAGAGCAACUCCGUGUCUUUCUGAUAUAUGAUCAAUCAUGGAUGAAAUACCAGAUGUUUUGCCUUCUUUUCUUCAUCUCGUUUUCUCCAUGAUUCCAUAGUCCAACAUCAUUUUGAGACAUCGUGAAAGAGAAACUAGGGCUUUUCGUUUUUGAAAAUCAUUUUGUGUACAUAGCCUUUCAUUGGGCUUUGAUGGGUAUAAAUCUGUGUAUUCUCUCUACUUGGAGACUUGUGCACAGAGCAAUACUGCUAUCACAUCUCUUGGAUAAAAACCUUCAAAUCCUUUGGAGGAUAGUAUUAUAGCGUAUGUGUCUGGAUAUUUGCUUGGUUUCAGUUUAUUUUGUAUAUUUCUAGAAACUUUUAUUUAUUUAUUUAUUUAUUUCUUGCUUUAAUUGUUUUUCUUCU